AUGGCGGACUCUAAUGGCACUGAGGAUGUCUCUUUCAUUUAUCAGCAAAUCUUUAAGAUAGAAAUGGGUGCUGGGCCCAGUGCUAAAAUUUCAGUGCUUAUGUUAAUAUCGCUAUUCUUCUUUUUUGUAAACUGUGUGAUGUUCUUUGCCCUGAGAAGCAAGCGUGUAUUCCAUGAGACGCCGCGCUACAUUCUUUUUGGCCACAUGCUUAUGAAUGACUCUGUGCUUUUGCUCCUCACAACUAUCAUGUACACUAUGGGCACGUAUUACCUUCAAGUAACCAGAGCCAUCUGCACUCUGUUAGUUUUUAUCUCCUACUGCACUUUCCGUAACGCUCCUCUGACACUAGCACUGAUGUCUCUGGAGCGGUACGUGGCGAUCUGCUUCCCUCUGAGGCACUGCAACAUCACCACACCAAAAAGAACUGGAAUCGCCAUAGGAAUCAUCUGGUUCCUUAGUUCUAUAAAUAUUAUAACAGACAUUGUUUUUGUGUUAAUUAUCAAUCCAGGUUUAUUUGUAGAGGUUUUAUUUUGCACACAAGAAAAAUUGUUUUUAUUCAAAUGGCAGCUAGAUAAAACUCAAGGGUUUGAUGUUCUUUAUUUUGUGUCUGUUGCAGUGAUCAUAAUUUUCACAUACAUUAGCAUUAUGAUCACAGCCAGGUCUGUUUCCUCUGAUAAAGAUUCUGCUAAGAAAGCCCUCAAAACGGUGCUCUUGCACUUGAUUCAGCUGGGACUGUGUCUCACCUCUUUCCUGUAUGCAACAAUAAACAAAGCACUAUACACGGUGUCUGACAGCUCUUCUCUCUUCAUAAAUCUCAGAUAUCUGAAUUUUCUUAUUCUUCUUAUGCUGCCGCGCUGCCUGAGUCCUCUGAUCUAUGGUAUGAGAGAUGAAGCUGUGUGGCCCUUAUUCAAAUAUUAUUUCUGCUAUCAUUCAGGCAAAAUACGGCCCUCUGUUAAUGUACAUUAACUGUAUGACAUAAGAUGAUAUGAAAUAAUUUGCACAAUGGUAAUUGUAAAGUUGCAACAAACGGUUUCAUCAUUAUGAAUGCCAUAUUUAAACAUUUAUCUGAAAAAGAUAACAGAACCAUAUACUUUUAUAUUAAAUUGCAACUUUCUGUUGUUUAAA